CCUAGCCUCUCUCCCAGGGGGCCCGGGCGCCUGGCCCUGCCCACCCUGGGGAAACUGAGGCACGAGGGAGAGGGCAGGGCCAGGCGCCCGGGCCCCCCAGGAGAGAGGGGGGGCCCCUAAGGGUCCUGGCUCCCUGCCUCCCCCCAACCACUGCCUUCCCUGAGCCUUCGGGUGUGGGGGGGGUCGAUGGUGGCUCAAUGGGUGGGGAAACUGAGGCAUGGAGCAGAGCUCCCCCCAGCUCGGGCUGACAGCAGGGGGGCAGAGCCCGCAACCCCCCCACUCCGGAUGCCUGAGUCGCCCCCCCUUCCCGUGGCCAUGCCCCCGUGCCUCAGUUUACACGCACACACCUGGGCUGGGGGGAGGCUCCUGCCUUGACUCCCCCCCCCCCCCCGCCCAUCUGUUCCCUGCCGGCGCCAGGGAGGCGAGCGGGGCGAGGGGAUUUAGGAGCGGGGGGCACACAUAUUUUAACCCCCCCGGCGAUGACAUCACUUCCUCCCUCCCCCCGCCUCCCCCCGUGCCUAGAAAAGCCGCUGCCACCGGGCUCGGGCAGCUCCGGAUCCGGCCAGGAUCGGGGCCGAGCGGAGCCCCCGGUCCCCGCACCAUGGCCCGCCUGGGGGGCCCGAUCCUGCUGCUGCUUUGCUGCCCGGCGCUCUCCCUGCCCUUGUCGUCCCAGGUCUCGGAGGAAGAUGAGAAGGUCACCAGGUGCAUCUCGGAGGUGCUGGCGCAGACCCUGGCCCGGCCGAGCCCCCCCGCCGGCCCCGAGUGCGGCAGGAUCCUCCGGGCAGACCAGCGUGUCCUGGCCCUGCUGCACCACGAGCACCUGCUGCGGGAGCUAGAGGAGCUGGUGCGGGAAGAGGGCACCAAGAAACAUCCGAGUGAGGCCAGGAAGCGGGGCCACCCAGGAGAGCGCUACGAGGAAGAGGAGACGAAGGAGCUGCGGGAGGAAGUCAAGGAGGCCACGGUGUCGCAGGCCACGGAGGAGCGGGGUGACAAGAAGCGGAGCCCCCCGGAGUCCCGGGCCGCCCGGAGGCACUGGGGGGCCCCUGGCUCUGAGGAGCGGGGCCGGCCCCACGGGGAGCCCGGCUGGGCCAUGGAGGAGGAUGACGACGAAGAGGAAGGCAAGAGGUCGGGGCCCGGGAAGCGCGUGGCCGAACAAGCCAGCGACGAGGACACGGCCCAGUUCGAGGCGGAGGAGAAGGGCGUGAAGAUCUCCGGCUCCCAGAGCCACGGCCAUGGGGGCCACGGCCAGGAGGAGGAAGAAGAGGAGGAGGAGGAGGAAGAGGAAGGACGAGAGUCCCGGGAGCUGGCCAAGCUGGAGGACAUCGAGCUCCAGCUGAAGAAGGCGGCUGAGAAGCUGCAGGAGCUGCGGCGGGGCUGAGACCCCCUGCCCCCUUCUGGGGGGGCGGAAAAGGAGGCAGGGGCCCUUUAAGAAGCCCCCCCCCCAACCCUCCCAGCCUGGACUGUUAGCAAGGCCUCAGGGCCCCCCCGCCAUAAGCCACGGAAACCCCCACCCCCUCUCCACCCCCUCUGCCACAGGGGCAGUUUUGGGGUCUCUGCCCCACUCGGGGGGGGGGGAGGAUGUUAGAGUAGCCUCAAGGCUGCCCCCUUCCCCCCCAGCAUGAGGGGCUGUGGGGGGGUCUUGCUCCUCCUGACCCCUACCCCCAUGCCUCCGGGGGGGGGGGGGGGGUCCUUGGGGUCAUUUAACCCUUGCAUCGCUGGCUCCAGGGAAUAAAGAGCAGUCGGAAAAUA